AGGUAGGUAAGACAGGCCUCCGGAAUGUUGUAUAUCAUUAAUCAGAAUUCAGUAGGUUGCAUGCCAGAACUAGAGGUUAUUAGCAUUCUUGAUUCUACACUUUUUUGCUAGGUUAGAGUUCGCACCCUAAGGUCAAGAACUCAACUUUCAGUUAUCGCCCGAUAUUCGUUCUUCACGGUCGCUUUGUUUUGAUACGGACGAUGAAACUUUCGGUGCUGGUUUUAUGGCUCUUUUGUGGCCUUGAAUCAUGGGCUAAAUCUGAUCAGGAACGAAUCGUAGGUGGAGUGGAACUGCCUAUUGAUCUGUCACCCUGGUUGGCCUCCAUUAGUGUGCAUGGGAACUACAGUUGCAGCUCGGCAUUGAUCACAUCCCAGUGGUUGGUCACAGCAGGACAUUGCGUCUACUAUCCGGAUAGCUACUCCGUCCGCGCAGGAUCAGCAUCCACUGAGGAGGGUGGUCAGAGAAGAGAUGUGGCGGGGGUUAUCCUUCAUCCUGACUUUAAACUGCGCACCCUGGAGAACGACAUCGCAUUGCUGAAGAUUAGCAAACCCUUCAGUGUGGGAGAAAGCAUUCAGCUGGUGAAGCUACCGCUGCCAGGACUUAAUAUCCUUCCCCGAACACUUUUAGUCGCCGGCUGGGGUAAUCCAGGUGAAAAUGACAAUGAUGCGGAACCCAAGCUACGUGGCACAUUCGUGAAGGUUAUAGAUCAGCGGCGUUGUCGUCGACUUUAUUCUUAUUUGGAUCGCCCCAUUACCGAGGAUAUGGUGUGUGCCGCCGCCCCUGGACGGGAUCAUUGUUUCGGAGACUCGGGAGCUCCUUUGGUCCAUCGAGGCAGUAGCUAUGGGAUAGUAUCCUUCGCUCAUGGUUGUGCUGAUCCACAUUUUCCGGGAGUCUACACCAGAUUGGCCAACUAUGUGAACUGGAUAUUCCAUGUCCUGGAAACUGAUAACCAAAUUAACUUUAUAUUAUAACAAUAUUAUAAUAAUAAAUAAAAGAGUUUUAUUGUAUUAACUAAA